AUGAAAUAUAUCAGAAGUGUGCCACACAGGCAGCCUCAUAUCCCUCAACUAAAAGGGCAGCAGAGGAUUGAGGAGUUUGAACACAUUCUCCUGAGACUUGCGUUCCCUUCCUUUUACAAUAGCUACAACAAGUCCUGCUGUAAACUCUAUCCAGGAGGAUGUUACAAGCUGCUGGACAGUACAGGAUACACCUGUGAUUUACUGAAAGGAAGAGUUACUAAAACUGAGAGUGACGGCUUUGUGGAAUUUAAAAUAUCGAAUGUGCGGCUUGGGGACGGAGGCUAUUACAGAUGUAUUGUGCUGGGAACUCAAAACCGAGUCUACAGUGAUUACUAUGUCGAGGUGUCUGAGGUUUUAGGUCACCAUAGCCAGUCUCAGCCUUCACUGACAACAACCAUCAAAGUCCCCAACACCUCCACGACACUCCCAGACUCCACUGGGGUUGUUUUGGCACAGGACCACAGUGAUAGUCCCGGAGUUCCCUGGAGUUUUGGCCUGCCGCUAGUUGUCAUUGUGUCCAUUACAGUGUUGAUUUCGAUCACUUCAGUUAUUGGUGUGAUUUGCUGCAGAAUCAAGGCAAAACGUAAACAGUCAGACAAAUAUGGAGAAACUCUGUGUGAGUCACUGAAACAAGAGGCCCCGGAAAUGAGUGGCAUAGUCUACACAACAGUGGACUUCAGAGCUCACCAGAAGACGACAGAGGUGUAUGCAAACCUGAGGAUGCACAAAACACAAGUGGGAGUCCCUGACUCCACGUGGAGCGCAGAGCAUGAUGGGAUGGUGGAGUACUCAACACUGGCAAUCCACUAGUAAAUUCAUGUGAAAAUUUUGGUUUGUUUCUGUUUUUAAUGGGACGGAUUUAAUUUGUUACGCCACUGUGUUUCUAAAGGUCCUUUGCAGGGAUCUUUUGGCAGAAAUUAAAUAUAUUAUUCAUAGUUAUGUUUUCAUUUCAUAGUGUGUAAUCACCUGUAUAUAGGAAUCGUUAAGUUUUCGUUAUCUUUAAAUGAACUUUUUUUUUUAGGGAGCGGGUCCUCUUAUAUGGAGUCCACCAUGUGGAACCGCAAUGUUUCUGCAGUAGCCCAGAAGGGACAAACCGAAGACUGGCUUUAGAUAGGGCCUUUAACAUAUUUGUGAGUUUCCAGGGCGUUGUAAUCUUCCACUACACCACUAGAUGCCACAAAAUCUUAGACACUGGUCGUUUAAAGGGAACUCCAUUGAUCUUUCACACAGAUGUCAAUUUAUUAGUCAUGGCUAGAACCACUCAGCCUGUGUAGAGUUUGAAAUGCAAUAACCAAGGAGGGAGGCUCUAACAAAAAGAUGCAUUUUGUUGCAUUAUGGGAAAUGUAGGCUCCAACCGUUUUAGAGCUUGACCCAUAUUGGACUAAAAUUAAGGAUAUCUUUGCUGCUACUGUGGUUAUAACUGUUCUUUUGUCUGUUUUGAAUAUGGUUGUGUAAUAUUAAAUCACUGAACUACUCAUUUGAGUGUACAUAUCAUGUGUUCUUCAUGUAAAUGAGAAAUUCUUUAAAUUAUAUUGGCAAU